AUGGCUUCCAAUAUAACAAGAAAGCUCUCUACACUACUAGACUUCUCAUUUCUCAUUCCCAUAUCUCUUCUUCGAGCCUCCCCAGGCACUAUCCCAAAUGCCCUUUUCCAAUCCUCCCCUUCACACCCCACAGAAGGCAUCCUCGAAUCCAUCCUUCUCCAAAACGGCCGUACACUAACCUACCGCACCUACGGCCCUCCAAACGGCACCCCUCUUUUUUACCUCCACGGCAGUCCAUCCUCUUCCCUCGAAGCCGCCGUACUAGUCCCACACCUUUCAAGUCGUAACAUCCGCAUAAUAGCUCCAAACCGUCCUGGAUUUGGACAAUCAUCCCAACACCCGAACCGCACAUUAACAGACCACACUCAAGAUGUAAUCGCCAUAGCCGAUUCCCUAGGGAUACAAAAGUUUCGUGUUAUAGGUCUAUCAGGUGGUGGACCUUAUUCACUUGCCUGCGCCCAUUCGAUUCCCACGGAGAGGUUGGCAGGUGUGGGUGUUAUUGCCGGUUCUGCGCCGUGGAAGUUAAAUCCUACUAAAGGAAUGGAUUGGCAUGGUUGGAUGAGGUUUCAUUUGGUUCGGUAUCUGAGCUGGACUUUUAAUAUUGCAUAUAUUCGACGGUCUUUUGAUAAUAAGUUGAAGAGUUGGAGUGUUGAGGAGCGACGUGAUUUUUGGAGGAAGGAUCUUGGGAAUACGGCUAUUGAUCUCGGAGAGAAGGAUAAAUUGGUGGCACAGGAUAAAGAGGCGAUCGAAGAAAUCGUGGAUUGUACGAUGGAGGCAUUUGAGAACGGUUGUGAGGGACCUAUGCAGGAUUCAGUAUUGCUAGUGGCGGAUUGGGAUUUUCAAUUAGGAGAUAUUAGGUUUGAUGGUGUAAGAUUGUAUGUUGGGACUGAGGAUAGGAGUACACCGGUGCAUGGAGCAAGAGAGAUGCAGAAGGCUAUCAAAGGAUCUAAACUAUUGGAAUUUGAAGGAGAUGGUCACUAUAGCAUUCUCGGUGAUCGAGGGGCAGAGAUAUUAGACGACUUUGUGAAGGAAGGUUAA